AUGGAAUCCUCGUCCGUUAUUCUCGUGUCGGGUGCAAAUGGGUUCCUUGGGACAUGGAUAGUACGACAGUUGCUUGAGAAAGGCUACUCUGUUCGGGCAGCUGUAAGGACCAUGGAAAGGGGUACACACCUGCGAGAGCUAUUCCAGUCCCACGGAGAACGUCUUGAGAUCUUUGCUGUUGGAGACUUGACAGAGGUAAAUGCCUUUUCCGAGGCUGUUAAGGAUGUCGAUGGCAUAAUUCACACUGCAUCUCCCGUGACUAUUGUGGCGGAUGAUCCGGAAGAGCUAAUCCGACCAGCGGUAAAGGGAGUCACCGGGAUUCUUGAGAGCGCUCGAGAUCAUGGAACGCGAGUGCGGCGCAUUGUGAUUACGUCUUCCUGUGCUGCUGUGUUAGACACGGCCUAUCAGGCAGUGACGGUCUCCGAGGACAACUGGAACGAUCAGCGGGUGAAAGAGUGUCAAACACUUGGCCACCACGCCACAGGUUUAUCCAAGUACUCUGCUUCUAAGACCCUGUCGGAGCAAGCUGCCUGGAAGUUCAUCGAGGAUAACCAAGAACAUAUUGCGUGGGAUUUGACAACAAUUGUCCCGCCAUACAUCUUUGGGCCGAUUAUACACGACGUAAGGAACCCUGAUUCGCUCAACUCCUCGUCCAAGCUAUUCUACAACGCAGUCGUCCACAAUGACUUUGCCGGUGUUUCGCCUGAUAAAGAGCCGAGCCAUGGCUGGGUCGACGUCCGUGACGUGGCAGGUGCACACAUCAGAGCAUUAGAGACGCCUAGUGCUGGAGGGCACAGGAUCAUUGUCUCAGGUGGCUCUUGGGUCUGGCAAGAUUUUAUCAAUACUGCACUGACCCUCCCGAAGUCUAUUUACAUACCUCAUCCCGCAGUGACGGGUCCAGGUGAAGUGAAGGAGCGCCUUAUCACGUUCCGUACUGAGAAGCAAGAGCGGAUCCUAAACCUGAAGUUGCGAUCGAUGGAGGAGACGGUCCGUGAUAUCCUCGUUGACUAUGCGAAGCGCGGCUGGUAUCCUUGUGUAAAUUAG